AUGACUUUAAUCAAAAAGUUGAAUAGUUACAAAUUAUUUCGUCAUUCUUACACGGAGCCGUUCGAGUUUUACGACAGUCUAAUUGUGAUUCCUAACAGGAUUGCCAAAAUCAUCGGUCUGGAUGUGUUUAGUGAAAAUUACAAAGUUCUCACGUGGAAUUGGUUCUCCUUGAUCAUGAUGAUUUCGGUUUACUUCUACUGUACUGCUAUUACCGCUUACGAAGUACGAUUCGAUACAGGAGAUUUGAUUUAUUGUUUGGUUGAGGGUGGAAUCGGAAUACAAGGAUUGGCUAAAAUCUACACUUAUUUGGUUUACCGGAAGGAGCUGGUCUGGAUUCAUCAGUACACGAAACAACUUUACCGCGAGGCAUGCAACGCUGAAACUAAAUCCAUGCUGAUGGACAACAUUUUUCUGCUCAAAGUUGCAAUCAUCGUCAUGCUUAUGUGUUAUGCUUUCACUAGCAUCUCACUGAUUACAGCUCCAAUGUUGUUUUCAAUUAUGACGGGAGAGAAGAUCCUUCCCUUCGGGUUCUACAUUCCGUACUUGGAUCGCACUGAAUGGUUUGGAUAUUUGAUCAACUACGCAGUACAUCUGUACGACACGAUUUACGUUUCUGCUGAGGAUAUGGCGGCCGACACUAUCUACAUGAUAACGAUGUUGAGUGCUUUCACUCAAAUCGAUUUACUAAUGAUGUCUUUAAAAGAAACUUCCCAAAUACUUGAUAAAGAUGAUGAAAACCUUCAAGCUCAUCUUAAUUCGGUUAUCAAACGUCAUGAGGAGCACUUAAAAUAUUUGCGAACUGUUGAAACAGUUUAUCGCUUUUAUUUCUUUAUAACAUUUGUUAGUUUGGCAUCGGUACUGAUAAUGGCUCUUUUUGCUGUGGUAACGCUCUCUUGGUACCAAGGAUACAUCUUCGUUGGUUUCAUCAGCUAUGAAUUGUUCUUUGGUUGUUUUUUGGGAACACUGCUGGAUAUCAAGAACGAACAACUCCAGCAUGAGAUUUAUCAGAUUUCCUGGUACAAGUUGUCGAUUCCGAAUCAGAACGCUCUUCGGUUUAUGCUUCAAGCGUCCCAAGAACCUAUCUGUUUGACGAUCAUAUUCGCUCCACUUAAUAUGCCAACUUUUUUGCAAGUUUACAAAUCAAUCUACAGCAUGUUUACCAUGUUGUUGUCGUUUCAAGAAGAAGCAAAUUAACGCUAACAGAAUUGAAGCCACAUCGAGCAUAAAUAAAUCAUGUUUGUUCUGUUAUGCCACUCUUAACUCAUAUGCUUGAUGAGUUUUCUAAAAAAAAGGCCAAAUAAAAUUUAAAAAGCAUUGAAAACA